UUGGUGAUUAUUUUUAAUUAAUGCAGUUACUAUGUGGAAGCCGCGCAACUCGACUACCAGAUUGCUUUAUUAAGAAAGAGAACUCCGCGUUUCAUCAAAUACCGGCCAUGGAGAUGGAGAGGGCAUGGUUCAGAUCUUCGGAAUCUGAUAGAAAUUCGAAGGAAUUGGAUGUUGCUGUUAGAGUUGUCCAAAUGGUUUGCUCUCUCUGUGAAAAGGUGCAAGAUAAUUUGAUUACUAAGAGCAACGAACAGGUUAAAUCUAAGGACGACAAUUCUCCUGUCACAAUAGCAGAUUGGAGCGUCCAAGCAACUGUUAGCUGGAUGUUGUCAGAAAACUUUGGGAGUGAAAAUGUGUCAAUUGUUGCUGAAGAAGAUAUCCAAACUCUCACCAAGCCUGAUUCAGUGGGCAUACUGGAAGCUGUGGUAAAGACUGUGAACCAGUGUCUGAUUGAAGCACCUGACUUUGGACUUACAAGUCCAGUUAGGCCUCUUGGAACUACAGAGGUUCUUGAGGCAAUUAGUCGAUGCAACUCAACUGGCGGUCCUAGUGGAAGACAUUGGGUACUUGAUCCUGUUGAUGGAACAUUGGGAUUUGUACGUGGAGACCAAUAUGCCAUAGCUCUAGCCUUGAUAGAGGAUGGAGUAGUUGCUCUUGGAGUUCUUGGGUGCCCCAACUACCCAAUGAAUAAGGAAUGGUUAAAUUAUCACCACCGUUAUUAUCGAAUCAUGUCUAAGUUGUCCUCUCCCACAUCUGGUUCUUGGGACAAAGGCUGUGUUAUGUAUGCAAGGAAAGGUAGUGGAAAGGCAUGGAUGCAGCCAUUAGUCAGGGAAAACAACAGGCUUGGUCUGUCAAACUUAGCAAGAGCAGUUCAAGUGUCCUUCAUCGAUGAUCCAGCACUGGCUACAUUCUGUGAACCGGUUGAAAAGUCCAAUUCAAGCCACUCCUUCACAGCAGGGCUAGCUCACAGCGUUGGGCUGAGAAAUCAGCCUUUGCGGGUCUAUAGUAUGGUGAAGUAUGCUGCUAUUGCUCGGGGGGAUGCAGAGAUUUUUAUGAAGUUUGCAAAGGCUGGAUACAAAGAGAAGAUAUGGGAUCAUGCAGCUGGUGUUGUCAUCAUACAAGAGGCUGGUGGUGUGGUAACUGAUGCUGGAGGUCGUCCAUUAGACUUUUCUCAGGGUAUAUAUCUAGAAGGCCUCGAUCGAGGCAUAAUUGCUUGCUCUGGUGUUAAACUACAUCAGAAGAUCAUCAGGGCUGUCGAUGCUAGCUGGGACUCCUCUAAUCUAUGAUGUUUAUUGUAUAUUUCCACUGCAUCAAUGGAGCAGAUGAUCUCUUUAUCAUUUAACAGGGGGAAGGCUGUUUCUGACAGGUUUGCUGAUGAAGGUCGGUAACCAAUCUUUCACCCCUUCGCAUUCCUCAGUUACUUGCAGAGGAUGGAGUUAAGAUGACCAACCGAGCUGAAGAUAGUAGGUUAUUUCCAUGGGUCGGUUUCUUUUUUUUUGGGGGGGGGGGGAUUAGCCAGAAGCAUCUUACUCUUUGUAUGUGCUCUCUAAUGCAUGAGCAUGCCAUUAUGCAGAAUUAUGGGAUUCUUCAUGUGCAGCAGUUGGAAUACAAUUAUGAAACACAUGUACAUACAUAUAUAUACAUAAAUAUGCAACUAUUUUACUGAUCCUGAUUGUAUUUUGAA